AUGUUCAUUUUCGUUUCAGGCUUCACAGGAGGGGUUAUCCCCCCAGAUAUUGCACUUUCCCUGACGGUUACAGACCCCCAGGAUGUAAUCGUCCAAAGAGGUCAAAGUGCUCUCUUCAGUUGUCAAGCCAAAUCCACCAAGGGAGAUGUAGAGAUCACAUGGUAUCAUAAUGAUGAAAAGAUUCCCUCGAAUACCACCAAAUGGAGGAAACAGCAAGAUGGUAGUCUGUACAUUCCCAAAGUUCCAAAUGGUAAACGAGGCGUUCUUGGUGACUACCGUUGUUUGGUUCGCAAUAAAGCUGGAGCAAUUCUAUCAAAUGUGGCCAAGUUGAAAAUAGCAUCAAUGGAACGAGAGUUUUCCACAAAUCCUAGCAACAUAACUAUUAUAGAAACUCAACUGGGAGUUCUCCAAUGCGGUAUACAUUCAACACCACCUGCUCAUAUUCAAUGGGAAUUCAAUAGUAACCUUAUUCUACCUCAGCAAACAAGAUAUGUUCCUUUGCCCAAUGGGGUUCUGUUAAUUAAGAAGACUCAGAUUUCCGAUUCUGGAACUUAUAGAUGUAAAGCAACCAAUAGGAUACUUAAUAAAGUUAUAUAUAGUAAAAUAGCUGUAAUGACAGUAUUGUCUGAAAUGAAUAAGACUCUGGCACCAGUUUUCCUACCUCUUCAUAAUUUGUCGAACAAUACUUUUAACCUUGAUGAACAAAUGAUUCUGUACUGUGCUGUGAUGGGAUGGCCUACUCCUACCAUACAAUGGUUCAAAGUUUUUCUAAUACAGAAGUAUUAUGUGAAUGUACAUCAGAAGCCUUUUUUCAGAUACACUCCAGUUUCUAAGUCUUAUCCGUCAUCAAUAACAGUUCGAUUGGACUGUGGAGCUGGCGGAUUACCCACACCAAAUAUUUCUUGGUUGAUCGAUGGACAACCCUUAAAGUUAGACUUUCGAGUUAAAAUGCAAGAUGAUGGCUUAGUUAUAGGUCAAACUUUUAGCCAGGACUCAGAUGGGGAAUCGGAAGUUGGUGGACCUGAUUAUUUUAUGAAAGAUAAGACCUACAUUAAUGCUGAUGGUCUAAAAAGUCACAUAAAUUAUACAUUUUAUGUUCGGGUGUAUUCAUUUGCAGCUAGUGAUCCCUCAGAAAAUAUAACGUGUAAAACUGGUGUUACUGGUAGUCGUAAUUUAGACAUAGAACAGUUUGGUGUUGAUUCAGUCAAAUUAAAGUGGUCUGAAAUUAGUACAGAUGUUUCAUGUGAGGGGAAGAGAUUUCCAUAUGAAGUGCAGUGGAGAAGAGACAUUCCAUAUUCUUCAGAUAGCGAUGAAACUUCUGAGCUAACAUAUACUGUCAAAGGACUAUUUCCAGGUAUAAAAUAUGGAUUCAGAGUGGUGUCUACAAUGAAACCAGAAAAUUCUCCUUGGGUCGAAUAUACUUUCCGAGGUGCAAUACAGGACGAUUUUGAAAAUAACUCCAAAGGAAUUGACACAACCCCAGUCCCACCUGAACAAAUAAGAUCAUCCAUAGUAUCACCUUUUUCUGUCAAAUUGAAAUGGACUAACUCUGAAAAAAACUCCAAAUAUUUUGUUGUAUGUUAUGUUCCAAUUUUUGAUGGCAGCAGCUGUGAAAAUGGAACAUAUCUUAAUAGUGAAUCAAACGAAUUGCAAGUGAAAAAAUUAAAACCAGACACUAAAUAUGAAUUCAGAGUUCGUACACAUAACUUGAAAGGCAUUCCAGGACCAUUUUCAGAAUCAGUGAUUGUUCAUACUCCUGCAGAUGUUCCUUCAGCCGUAUCGGACCUCAGUUAUAAUGUUGUAAAUGAGAGUGCUGCCUAUCUUCACUGGAAAGCACCAACAUAUAAAGGCAGCAAGAUUCUUGAAUAUAUCAUCUCUUACACCCCAGAUAUAAAUUGGGCUCUUGAAAGUUGGAUUAAUAUAUCUAUUCCUGCCAAAGGAGAAGAUAAUGUUUCUAUGUUGCUGGUGAAUUUGAGUUCCAAUGCUAUUUAUAGUGUAUUAGUUAGAGCUGUUUCGGAACUGGGCAUAGGCAGACAUACUUUUCCUUUACUGGUUACAACUAAAAUUGUUACCGAACCUCCUUAUAAAGCUGACAGUAGUUCAUAUCAUCAGAAAGUAGUAUAAAUGAAUUCAAGUAAGUCGU